AUGCGUCUCCAGCCACCGUCUGGGAGCGGUACCCCAAUUCCCGACAAGACCAUUGAGGAGGAAGAGAUGGUGGGCGAUGUUCCGAAACGGUUGGCGAUUAUCGGCAUGUCGUGUCGCCUUCCAGGACAAGUGACAACCGCGGAUGAUCUGUGGGACAUGUGUUCACGGAAAAAAAGCACCUGGUCUGAAAUACCGAAAAGUCGAUUCAACAGCGAAGGAUUUUAUCAUGGGAACCCCGACAGACCGGGUUCAUUCAACAACCAAGGCGCGCAUUUUUUGACCGAGGAUGUUGGGCUAUUCGACGCUCCAUUCUUCAGUAUCACCCUCCAAGAGGCGCGAUCGAUGGACCCCCAGCAGCGAAUUAUGCUUGAAUGUGUUUAUGAAGCACUAGAGAACGCCGGCAUUUCAAGUACUUCCAUUAUCGGGAAGAACGUCGGAGUGUUCGCAGGAGCCUCUCAUCCAGACUACGAUGUAAACAACAGCCUGGAUGCCGAAAAUAUUCCGAUGCUUUCAGCCACAGGAACUGCGACUGCUCUCCAGUCCAAUCGGGUGUCGUACUACUUCAAUCUGCAUGGUCCUAGCGUAACGAUUGAUACGGCUUGUUCUUCCAGUUUGGCUGCAUUGCAUUUAGCCAGCCAGAGUAUUCGAAAUGGUGAAUGUAAAAUGGCCAUUGUGGGAGGUUGCCACUUGAAUUUACUUCCAGAGGCAUUUAUAUCUAUGACUCAAUCCAGAUUGCUUGCCUCGACCGGAAAGACGUAUGCAUUUGAUCACAGAGCGACUGGAUUUGGCCGAGGUGAAGGGGCCGGAUGUAUUAUAUUGAAAUCUUUGGAGGAAGCAGAAGCUGCUGGCGAUGCUAUUCGGUCCGUCAUAGUCAACAGUGGUAUAAAUCAAGAUGGACGGACCAGAGGUAUCACAAUGCCAAACAGUGAAGCCCAGGAAAAAUUGAUGCGGGAAGUUUACAAGAAAGCAAGAAUCGACCCUGCCAUGACCGGUUUUGUUGAAGCCCACGGAACAGGAACCAAGGUUGGGGAUCCUUUGGAGGCGAGGGCUCUGAAUGCUGUGUUUGGAAUAGGGCGCACGCCAAAACAACCAUUGUUUAUUGGAUCUCUCAAAUCGAAUGUCGGACAUUUGGAGGGAUCUAGUGGAAUUGUUUCUGUGAUCAAGACUGCACUGAUGCUGGAGCGUGGAUUUGUGCUCCCUAAUUGCAACUUUGAUGAGCCGAACGAAGAAAUCCCCAUGGAUAAGUGGAACAUGAAGGUUCCUAAGAAGCUAGUACCCUGGCCCCGGGGCAAAACCUUCGCUAGCGUGAACAACUUUGGCUUUGGCGGGUCCAAUGCCCACGUUGUACUCGAGCGUGGCCCUAUCCACGGAGGACAAGGAGGACAGAAUGAAGAUCCACUUACUCGCAGGGUAUAUGUCGUAUCCGGGUACGACAAGCAAGCAGCGUCUAAAAUGGGUGAUGAAAUUAUCUCUUACCUCCACCGUCACCCUCCCGUUUUCACAGACAGUUUGAUGGACAACCUGGCCUAUACAUUGGGUCAACGACGCACCCAUUUUCAAUGGCGUAUGGCUGUUCCAGCAAGCGUACACACUGAGCUCAUCGACACACUGGCGGGUAUCAAAGAGCCCACUCGCUCAACCGGAACACCAAGCAUUGGAUUUGUGUUCACAGGUCAAGGGGCACAGUGGCAUGGUAUGGGCAAGGAGCUUCUGCAAAGAUACCCGGUCUUCAGCAAAACAAUGCAAGAUUUUGAUGCUUGCUUGAAGACUCUUGGAGCAACAUUUUCUAUAAUUGACGAAAUUCAAUCAGAAAGUGCAGAAGAAAGCAAAAUUUCAGCGGCAUACAUGAGCCAGCCAGCAUGUACAGCAGUUCAGCUGGCCCUCGUAGACCUGCUGUCAUCAUGGGAUAUUAAGCCAGAGGCAGUAGUUGGUCACUCCAGUGGAGAGAUUGCAGCAGCAUAUGCUGCCAAAAUUCUCACGUUAGAGGAAUGUGUUCGCAUUGCAUACUGUCGAGGUGUUGCAGCUGAUCUGGUGGCCAAGGACAGUACCGUCAAUGGUGCCAUGUUAGCUGUUGGUGCAAACGCUGGAGAGGUUCAACAAAUCUUAGAUGCCAUGCGAGGUCAACGAGCGGUCAUUGCUUGUGUCAACAGCAAUUCGAGCAUCACAUUAUCUGGAGACAGGGAUGUGGUGACGGAUUUACAAACUGCCCUCGACAAAGAAGGCAUAUUUACCCGCAUGCUGCAUGUCGAUGUUGCCUACCACUCCCAUCAUAUGCAAAAGGUUUCCCAACAGUACCGUUCCUUACUUGGAAAGAUUGCCCCUCAGUUCUCGGCAAUUCCCUUCCACUCAACCGUGUACGGCAAAGAAGUCCCAGCAAGCGCCCUGGAUGCUGGAUACUGGGUUGAAAAUCUGGUGUCCCGUGUUGAGUUUGUCAAGGGUGUGCAAAGUCUUUGGGACACCAAGCUACAAAGUGGCAAAAUCAACACCCUUGUCGAAGUUGGACCUCAUCCGGCGCUUCAGAACCCCGUGAAAGACAUAAUUCAGUCUCAUGACCCCAAGCGCUCACUACACUAUGCACACACUCUGCACAGAAAGCUUGAUGGAAUUGAUGCUGUGCAGGAAUUAGCAGCCUCCAUGUUCACUCAAGGCUUGGAUGUCAACUUCAAAGCCAUUAACUUUCCCAAUAAAUCCAGUAGGAAGCCUCAGGUUCUGACAAACCUCCCGACAUAUCCCUGGAACCAUAGCGAACGAUACUGGUUCACCUCGCGAUUGGGAAGUAAUCUCUUCCAUAGAAAGUUUCCACGCAGUGAUUUGCUUGGAUCUCUCUGCAUAGAGAAUCUUGAUAUCGAACCUCGUUGGCGCAAUAUCCUUCGCGCGGAUGACCAUCCCUGGAUUCGUCAGCACCGCGUUCAUGACAACAAUGUUUUUCCUAUGACUGGAUUUUUGGCCAUGGCCAUGGAGGCAAUCAAACAGCAAGCAACUAUGCAUAACAUAUCCCCAGGAAAGAUCGAGCUCCGAGACAUAUCGAUCAAUCGCGCUCUCAGUAUUCCGGAUAAUACCCCCAUUGAAACAAUGUUCACAUUAUGUCCAUCUCGGAAUCAAGGCCCAGGAGCUUCAGGUCUUGGCUGGCACGAGUUCAAAGUAUUUUCUUGGACCGAGGGAAGAGGCUGGGAGCAACAUUGUAAUGGGCUUGUGACGGCUAAUGAGGUAAAGGAAUCAAAUCCAAUCGACGGGUCUAGGCAAAAGAGCCUCCGUGAGCGGGAUCUCACGCAGACUAUGUCUAAAAUGCAAGCUUCAUGCAUAUCCCCCGUUGAUUCAAAGACCCUCUACGAGAACAUCGCCAGCGGCGGGGUUAACUAUGGACCACUAUUCCAAGGACUUUCUCAUAUUUCGGUCGAUGAAUCUCGCCAGGCAUUGGCUAGCAUCUGCGUACCAAAUACCAAGAGUACAAUGCCUAAUGAAUACGAGGUUGAUCACAUUGCUCAUCCAGCUACACUCGAUCUAUGUUGUCAGGUUAUGUGGCUUCUCCAGGGAUUUGGGCAACCAGGCCGCAAGCAAACGUUCGUCCCGUCUCACCUCGAUCGUGUUACAUUAUCGCUUGAUUACAAACUAUCUGCCGGCGCUCCACUCCAGCUCUUUGGAUUCCGGUCUGGCAUAGAGUCCCCUAGCACGCCUGAGAGCAAUCGUAUAUUUGCCACCCGACCGGGUGGGUCGACUGAUGUUGUUAUUGAAAUCGACGGAAUGAAUUUAGUGCCCAUCUCAAAUGACAUCAAAGGACACAAGGGCAAUCGUCCCGAUCCCAUGUGUUAUAAAGUGCGGUGGGAGCCCUGCUUCGAGACUCUUUCUGAAGACAGCUACCGACAGAUCGCGCGGCCCCAAGUUGAUGAUGGAAAGGGAGGCGAGAGGAUGCAUCACCUGGAGAAUAUCGCUGUUCACUGGCUUCGCAAGCUUAUUAAAUCUGUUCCAGAAGAAGAGAUUCCGACAUUCCAGAGUCAUCACCAGAAGUUCUACCGCUGGGCCCAGCAGACAUGCAAAACCUCUCCCGUGCAAGAAAUAUCUCCUGAACUGAUUGAGCAAACCCGCAACGCCAACGGUGCAGGCAGAUUGAAUUGUUUCGUUGGCGAACGUCUUCCAGGUAUUCUGCGCGGGAAGGAUGACGCACUGACGUUGAUGCUCGAAGACGAUAUGCUUGGAGACUACUACCAAGAUCUCGAUGGUCUACGUGAGUCCUACGCAAAUGCAUCAGUUUGCAUCGAUAAAAUGGCGCACCAAAAUCCCGAUCUUAAUAUUCUCGAAAUUGGCGCGGGUACUGGUGGUGCAACCUUACCCAUCUUAGAAUGCUUAGGUGGAAACGAGCCAGGAUCGACGCCUCGAUUUGGCCAUUAUACCUAUACAGAUAUUUCUCCUGGCUUCUUUGAAAAGGCAAAGGCAAAGUUUGAGGGUUGGAAUCAUCUCAUGACCUACCAAACUCUGGAUGUUUCUACCGAUCCCGUGGAGCAGGGCUUCAAGUCCGACACCUACGACCUGGUGAUUGCCUGCAAUGUCCUACAUGCCACUUCUAAUAUAAACGAAACCAUGGCAAAUAUUAGGACUCUUAUGAAGCCUGGAGGAAAGAUCAUGCUGAUUGAGGAGACCAAAUCUACAGCUACUCAUUUCCCGUUUGCUUUGCUGCCUGGAUGGUGGCUGGCAAAUGAGGAGGUUCGUCAAGAUGGACCUCUACUUACUCAAGAAGGAUGGUCCAGAGUUAUGCAAGCGAACGACUUCUCCGGAGUUGACAUCUGUGUAGAAGGAUAUCCAGGCGCUUCUUACCAAACCGGUUGCGUUAUGGUGUCAACAGCCAAUACCCUCGAGACAGGACCGAAAAACCCCGGAGACAUCAUCAUAAUCGACAGCGAUUCAAUUGGUAGCGUCUCGUCACUGAGUCUUGAUGCUGGAUUGAGGAACAUCACUGGAGUCGCUCCAACAAAUGCUUCCGAUCUCAGUGCCGUUGACAUUACAGACAAGUGGUGUAUCUUCCUUGGUGGUAUGGACCGCUCUAUUUUGGCCAACCUUACCUCUCAAAAGUUCCAAGAGUUUCAACGCCUUGUCAGCCGUGCAAGAGGAUUGCUUUGGAUUGUUCGCCACACCAAGUCAGACCCCCAAUCACUCGGCUCUAACAUGGCGAUUGGCCUGGCCCGUACUGUUCGAUCCGAGACAGGUGUGCAUUUUGCUACUCUUGACCUUGGCGACAAGGAGAGUAUGCCUGAUGCGGAGGCAGUUCAGCACAUGAUCAAUGUCUUUGACAGUGCCUUCUGCCAUAAAUCUCAACUAAAUCAAGGUGAUAUGGAAUUUGUUGUCCGUAACGGGCAUGUUUCCUUGCCUCGUCUGCUAGACAAUCCCGCACUCAACCUAAGCGUUCAGUUGGAAACAUCUGAUGCACCUCCUCAGUUACAAAUGUUCAAACAGGACAGAGCGCUGAGGCUUACUGCUGGACAGGGCCGUGUGCUCGAUGAGCUAUACUUCACAGAUGACGCCUCUCGAAAUACGCCUUUGCCCGACGAUCACAUUGAAAUUCGCGUACGCUGUACUGGUCUCAACUUCCGAGACGUUCUAAUGGCGAUGGGCCAGCUACGUGGAGAUAAGCUCGGUCAAGAGUGCAGUGGAGUUGUCUCAAAAGUGGGAGCUGGAGUCAACGACUUCAGUGUUGGAGAUAGAGUUAGUGCCAUGUCGCCUGGUUCUCUUUCAACCUACACCCGAUGCCCAGCAUCCUGCGCAUGGGUCAUUCCAUCUGAUAUGCCAUGGUCAAUUGCGGCAUCAAUCCCUGCGGUAUUCUGCACUGCAUACUAUUCUCUUAUUGAGCUUGGUCGCCUAUCUCACGAUGAAAGUGUCCUCAUUCAUGCAGCUGCUGGUGGAGUCGGACAAGCGGCUAUCAUAAUCGCUCAGAAUAUUGGCGCCAAUAUCUUUGCGACGGUCGGAAGUGUCGAGAAGAAGGAGUUUUUGAUAAAGACAUAUGGUAUCAAAGAGGAGCAAAUAUUCUUCAGUCGUGACCUUUCUUUUGCUAAAGGCAUUCUUAAUGCAACAGGCGGAGAGGGUGUAGACGUUGCAUUGAACUCACUCAGUGGUGAUGCUCUGCAAGCUACAUUCGAAUGUAUUGCUCCAUUUGGCCGAUUCAUCGAACUUGGAAAGAGAGACAUCACUCAGAAUUCUCGAUUGGAGAUGGCUCAUUUCCACCAUAAUGUCUCUUUUGCUUCCGUCGAUCUCGGUGUGGUACGAGAAAAGCGACCCAAGCUAACAAGACGAUUGAUGCGAGAGGCGUUCUAUACUUUCGCGUACUCGAAUGCUCACAAACGUUGGCCCGUCACUACUAUUCCUAUAUCAGAGGUUGAGAAUGGGUUCCGUGCCUUACAAGGAGGCCAAGUGAUAGGAAAGAUGGUUGUGGAAAUGACCGACGAUGCAAUGGUCAAGGUCCACCCUGCCCGAAAAGAGGAGAAGCUUUUGCGUGCCGAUAGCACAUAUAUUGUCGUUGGUGGUACGAGCGGAAUUGGUCUCGACAUUGCUAGCUGGAUGCCACAGAAGGGCGCGACGCAUAUUGUUUUGGUUUCGAGAAGUGGAGCUUCGACUGAUCUAGCUCGGGAAACCAUCCAAGACCUUACUAGCCAGGGCAUUACUGUGGAGGUUUGUCGCUGUGAUAUAUCAUGCGCAGAGCGUGUUCAAGAGAGUUUGCGUCCAUUGUUGGCCCGACUUCCUACUGUUCGCGGUGUUAUCUACGGCGCCAUGGUUCUCCGAGAUACCCUUUUCGAAAAGCUCAGCCUUGAAGACUAUGAGGCUGUCAUUAAGCCCAGAAUCCAUGGAAUUUGGAAUCUUCAAAACACUCUCCAGAGCUCUACUAUAAGCUCAAACCUGGAUUUCUUCAUUACUCUCUCAUCUGCGGCUAGUUUUGUCGGAAACCUGGGGCAGUCACCCUAUGCUGCGAGUGGAACGUUCAUGGCUGCCUUAGCCGCUUACCCCAAGACCUCCGGCGUUCCUUACACUACAAUCGAUCUCCCAAUUGUUCGCGGCGUCGGAUAUCUUUCGGACGAUUCCAAGCGUGAGGAGAUUGCGGCUCAGCUAGGAACAGAAUCCGUUGAUGCAACAGACAUUCGAGGUCUCGUUGCCGCUGCCAUGAGAAACGAGAUGCAAGAAACGUGCAACGGACAUUGUGUUGUUGGAUUCGACGGUGUCAAAACAACCCCAGCAUCUGAACAGCCCUUCUGGGUGAAAGAUACCAAGCUCUGCCAGCUUCUUCGUCUUUCAACCCUUGCCGGGACAGGAGCCCUAUCUGACGCAGUGACAUCUAACGACCAAACACCACCCGCGACUGCUAUUCGACAAUGCCAGAGCCGCGACGCUGCUGAAGCUAUCAUAGUUACUGCGCUUGCUCAGAAGCUGUCUAGCAUUCUAAUGCGUCCAAUGGAAGAGAUGAACCCUGCCGCUCCGAUUGCGAUUUACGGACUGGAUUCAUUGGUGGCUAUUGAGAUCAGAAAUUGGAUUACUCGCGAGUUGGAAGCAAACAUGCAGGUUUUGGAGAUUCUGGCUGGUGAAUCUCUACCCGCUCUCUCUGAGCAUAUAAUGAGGAAGUCUGGUAUUAUUACGUCCAAGCUGAAAACUGAAUGGGGUCUGGAUGUGCCAGAGGCUCGACCGAACCAAGACUAA